CAGCCAUCAUCGCCUACGUAGCUACAGCUCCCGUCUUAGCCUUCCGGGGAAGCCCCAGUCAACGCAUAGGGAUUUCUUCUAAAUUCAUGGACCGUAUCGAGAAUAGUGAAACCGAAAAUGGCUGUCAUUUAGGUGAAAUUAAUGCUCACCUGUUGAAAUUAUAAAUAACGGCAGCUCUUUAAACGGCUGCGUUUUCUUCUCAGAAUUCCGACGUCUUUACCUUGGUUCUUACUUCCGCGUUGUGUUUUUAUACAACUUGGGCCGUUGAUGCGAUGGCGUAGAUUCAUGUUCACAUUACACACGUGUUUACAAGUUAGGUCGUCCAGAAAAAAGUGCAGAAAUCGAGUAAGUUGGUCGUCUUGCUUCUAAAAUAAAAACGACAGUCUCUAGCCUGGGUCUAUCCCAGGCAUGAAGAGGAAAGCUAACGCUAUGGGUGCAACUCUAAGCUCGAAUUCAGCCGAAAGGCGAAGUGAUAGUGAUUCAACAUGGCUUUCAGAGGAACAAUUGUUCUCUGUUCCCCUGGAGAUCCUGGAAGAGAUCUUCCUAAAUCUCCCUCCUCAUGAGGUGGUUCGCAUUUGUCGAUUAGUGUGCCAUCAGUGGAAAGAAGUGGCCGACAGUGAAUCACUGUGGAAAGAGAGAUGUAGACGAGAAGGAUAUCACCUCUCUGAUCCCUCCAAAAUCCCCAAAGACUGGAGGUUGUUUUACUUUUUGUGCAAGAAGAGAAGAAAUCUUCUCAAGAAUCCAAGAGGAGAGCAGAAAAUGAGGAACUGGCAUGUAACUGACAAUGGUGGUGAUCAGUGGUUAGUAGAGGGGGUUAUGGUGCCGCACCCUAAUGAAGUCGUCAAGAAAAACUUUGUGACCUCUUAUGGAAUAUGCAGGAAGAUGCAGCUGAUUGAUUUGGUUAAGGAAGGUUACAACCCAGCGUUCAUGGAUCACUUCCAGCCAGACAUCAAAAUAUCUGAUUGGUAUGCUCCAAGAUGGGACUGUGGCAGUGAAUAUGAGAUACGUGUAGAAUUGCUGAACAAUGAAAAGAAACCCAUCCAGAUUUUUGCCCCUGAGAUAAUCUACUUUGAGCAGUGGAAUGAUCAGCAAUGGCACCAGAUGACGCAUGUUUUCAAAAACUAUGGACCUGGAGUGAGAUUCAUCCGUUUUUCUCAUGGAGGAAAGGACACGCAGUUCUGGGCAGGGUGGUAUGGGAUUCGUGUGACUGACAGCAGUGUUGAGAUUUUUCCAGCAGGGGGACACGUAGCGCUGUUAGAUUCCUUGAAUACCUGCGUCCCACCUUUGCCCGAAAAUGGAAAAUUGCACAAAAUCUAAUUUGCCUUAUAUUAUCAUGUCUUAUUUGUAAAAGCAGCUUUUCCGUAGGUAAUAAGCAAAACUAUAUGUUCAGAUGUUUGUUAGUGAGAUUUGAUGUUUAUAAAGCCCUUGUAAAGCUUAAGAAGACUGACAUCAAGAUUUACAGCAGUGUCAUACCCUUUGAGUGUGCAGCACUACUGGCAUAUUUCAUAUAGAGAGAGGUUUAUCUAGAUCAUGCGUUCAGAGACCCUUUCAAUAUUUGCAAUUAAAUGCUGACAGUGGUUGCAAUUCCAUUAUCUGUUUUAUCCUUUAAUACUUACUAAAAUUUUGUAUCCAAUUGGUUAACCAAUCUUAUACCAGAGCCAAGUUGCUUUCUCAAAUAUCCAGUCGUUUCAGGUAUGUGGCACUAACAACACUAGUGAGUAAUCUAAAUCUAAGAUAACAGUUGAUAAAGAUGGUUUUUGCUAUUGUUUUGUUUUUGGUUUUUUUUGGGCAAUAUUAUCAAAAGGGAUUCCCUGUCAGUGCUAAAGUGCAGGUAUCAGAAGGGAAUUAAAAAAAAAAAAAAAAACAAUUUAAACAUCUUUAUUCUGGCUGCUGCUUUUGAAAGUAAGUAAUAGGCACUGGUUGUCUUUGUCCAGAUUUAAUUCACAUUUUUGCUUUUUGCUGGGGUGUCCAAGCUACAGCCCACUGGCCAUGUGUAGCAGGUGAUCUUUUUUGUUGGCCCAUGGCUGAUUCCAAAAAUAAGCAAAAUACUAGAUAAAGAUGCUUGUCCUUGAAUGAACUUCUGACGAUUAACAAAAAGAAGGUUAAGGCAGCAAAUAGCAAGAAUCAUGCUUAAUUGAUCCACUCUCUCCUCUCAUUGUCUACAAAGCAUGAUAUUAAAUUAUCUGAAAGAACCAAAACUCUGAUAAGAUUUGUGCCGUUUACUCUUUUGUCUCAAUGUGAAGAGGAGCAGUCAGCGUGUCUCUUCUCUGAUGCAUGGCACAUCUCUGUCAAGAUCUAAUGGUAGCCAGGGCCAACCAUACCUAACAAGUCAGGUAGACAUUCAUAUAUCCAUUGCAUGAGAUAUAAUAAUAAUAAUAAUAUCUAGAAUUUAUAUAGCGCCUGUCAAGAAACCCAAGGACACUUAUUUGAAAGAAAUUCUUAGAGAAUGAUUGGACAAACCUAUCUGUGACAUUCAUAAUGGGCCAAUCUGAGCAACAAGAUGUAACAUAAUUGGCAUGCACAGCCCCAGUGAGUAAACUACAUAACGUGUCUUGGGCAGGUAUCCGCUACUAUUGUUCACUAUUAAUGGAGCCAGUUUGUGAAUCAAACCAAUGCCAAAGCAGGCUGAUAAAAUAUCAAAAAUCUCUAUUCCACCUAGAAGCACUUUCAGUAUGCUUCUUUUAACAAAAAAAAAAAAGUCUAGGUCAUGAUAAAAGUGCCAGCUUUAACUAACCAGCAGCCAUUGUUUACAGCCCUGUAGUACAACUGAACUCUGUCUAAAGCUACCACCUAAGUCUCCUGAAAAGAUUCUGACUGGAUCUGUAGAUUCCCUGAUCUGGCACAAACAUUUCAGUUACAAAGCACCUCUUAUACUGGAUUGGAUUGUUUUACUAACUUUGAUAUACCCCACAUUGAAUGUAUUUAAGUGGUCCAGUCAUCCUUAUAUACUGUAUUUCUGAAUGUGUCCCACAGUGAAAAGUUUGGACACCCCUGCAUUUGGAGUAGUUGUGUCUGGGCCAAAGAGCCAUUAUUGUCCCUUAAAGUGCAAUGCAGUUUUGGAGUUUGAGAGAAGUUAUAUUGAAAUUAGUGUUGAUUUCACAAACUGGUAAACCAACUUUGAAUUCCGAAAUUUAAGUCACACUGCUGCAAAUUAUUUUUUCUUGCAGCAUCUGUUAAUAUCAACUUGAUAUUCCAAAUGCCAGAACCAUAUGCCAUGCAGUGUAAAAACUGCUUGGCACACAAGGUUCUUUAAAUCAGCAAUCGGAUCCUGAUGUUUGUGCUUUUUGUAAUUUGAUUUUUUGUAAUUCUGUAAUUUAACAGUGAAGGAAUAAUUGAAGUAAAGGUCAGUGAAUGUAACAGCAGGUAACUUUUUUCACAGCAGCCUCCACCAGGCCGUAAAAAUGAUGUACAAAAAUAAGACAUCAAUGUUAAAAACUAAAGCACUUGUUUAAAAGGUCGCUUCAAUGGAAGAUGAUGUGCACUGCUGUUUGUGUCGCUUAUGAUGUUAAGUUUUGGUGUGAAAAACUUUCCUUUGUAACCAUUUAUAUGUUUUAUUUAGUUCUUUGUCAUCUUUGGAAAAAUGUAUGCAAGUUCAAAAGCAUUUGAAUAAGCAAUGAAGUCUGACAACAAGAAGUAUUUGACGUUAGGUUUAUUCAUAAUACUGUUUUUUGUGAUGCAAGAUACAUUUUGAUGUCAAAUUGAAUAAAAAUCAAAACACUCCUUCACUUAA